GGCGAUGGCGGAGGUUUUGCCAUGGUGGAGGGCCGAUCAGAUGGAGGAGGAGGAGGAGGAGAAAAAGAAGGGGAAGGGGAAGGAGAAGGCGGUGCUGGAGGAGGAGGCCGAGUGGAGAUGCCGCAGGCACUCGCUUAGGUCUCCCAGCGGAGUCUGCUCUGCCUGCCUUCGAGAUCGCCUGCUCUGCCUCUGCCCCGAUUGCCACAGCCUCCGCCCCUGUGGCUGCUCCCCUUCCUCCUCCUCCUCCUCCUCCUCCUCCUCCUCCGAGGCCGCCGGAUCCUCCGGAACUGGAAGAUGGACCGCAGGCGGAGAGGCCGGGUUAGGCCCUGUGGGUCCCGUCUCGCUGCUCAUCGAGAGCGAGCCGGCCUUCCGGCGUUCCCGAUCGAUGGGUUUAUCCCACCUCCCGACCACCGGUGACGAUCCGACGUCUAGGUCUCGGCGCCAGAGCCGGGGAAGGGCUUGGACUUCUUUAUGGCCGUUCUCGAGGUCGGCGGAGGCGGGGAGAAAGGAGCCGCUACCGCCGUCGGCUUCGGGCCUGUUCCGGUCGAGGACAGUCGCGGCGGGGCGGUCCUCGAUGCGAGGGGGCGUCAGGGAAGAGGAAAGGAGGAAAGAGUGGUGGAGGUGGCGCUUUUCCAGCCUGGUGGCCUUGUUGCGACACCGGAAGAAGGCGGCGCCGGAGCACCUCCUUCUGCGGCGGCGCUGGGGACUGGUACAGGGCAGAAAAUAAACCGCCGUUUGUGACCCGGAGUAUGCAAAAAAUUU